AUAUUAUGAAUAAAAUGUUAUAAUGCAAAUUUACCAAACAGUGGUCCCAUAUGUGCUCAUUUAGUGUCACCAGAUAUGUAUCAGUGUUCCACUUUUUAAGCAAAAAAUUCCCUUAAAUUAGUGCAUUAUCGCCUUUAUUCGCGUUUAUACCAGUUUGUAGUCACUUGCAGCAGUAAAUGACGGUUUUGAGUCAUUUAAAGAGCAUGUUUUUUAUUUUACGAUUGACAAUUUAUACGAUUACGAUUGAUAAUUUUUACACUAAAGAAGCAUAAGUUGAUGAAUUUUGUGCUAUAAUUUAUAGCGUAAUAAACAUAAUGUUAAUAACAUAAAAUGUGAUGUAUGAGUAGUCAGUACAAAGUAAUUGUUCAGCAAUUAUCAAAGCAUUUAUCCAAAGAAAAUAAUGUGUGUUAUCUAAUAUUACUUAUACAAUACAACAAGGAUAAUCAAUCUAUUUUACUUUACGUAAAAAACGGUAAAUUAAGAUAUUAAAAUGCCAAGUUCACACUUGUAUGCUAUAAAUAAUGAAGGGCGUGUGUUUGGAUUAUCAACAUCUGGCAAUAUGUGGAGAGAAUUCAUGUACUUGGGUCUUGAAUUUAAGCAGUUAUCCGCCGUACCACAUUUUAUGUGGGCCAUAGGUGGAGAUCGUCAAGUUUAUGUACAUGUACAUGGUUUGGAUGUACCAAUAAGAAUCAAGGAAGAAAUAUAUGAAAAUGAACGUUGGCUUCCUUUAGAAGGAUUUAGUGGUAGAUUAUUACCUACAGACAGAUAUAAUUUUUCUAAUCAAGAUGGUACAGUUGAUCGUAGUAGAGAUAAAGUAAAAUUACCAUCUAUGGCAUGGCAAUGGGAAGGUGACUGGCAAAUAGAAACUACAUUAGAUGGCCAACCACUGGAUCAUGAUGGAUGGACAUAUGCAGUUGAUUUUCCAGCUACAUAUACCACAAAAAAACAAUGGAAAUCCUGUGUUAGAAGAAGAAAGUGGGUUCGGUAUAGAAGAUAUAGUGCUAUGAAUUCAUGGUGUGCUAUUGCACCCCUUCAUAAAGAUGCAACUAAGGAACCAUUCAUUGAUAUAACUGUGGGUGGAAAUCAAAUACCUGGGGGUAGUUCUGGAAGCUUAGCAGUUUGGGCAGUAACUGCCCAUGGGAGGGUAAUGUUUCGUGUUGGCACAAGUACAACUUGUCCUGAGGGGCAAAGAUGGAGUGCUAUAAAAUUGGCAAGUGGUUAUGAAGUAUGUCAGAUCAGUGUUGGAAUAACUGGUCUUGUAUGGGCUGUGUUAAUGAUUGGUAAAGCGCUAGUGCGCACUGGUGUUACUAGAGAAAAUCCAAUGGGAGACGAUUGGUCGGAGGUUGAUUCACCCCAAAAAGAUUUAAAAUUAAUACAAGUUAGUGUAGGUACCGAUGCAGUAUGGGCUGUAACACAAGAUGGGGGAGUGUGGUUUAGAAAAGGUAUUAAAGGUGAAAUGAGUGGAGUGUGUGAGCAGAUGGCUACUGGUACUGGAUGGGUAGAAAUGUUAAGUAAGAUGUCAUUAGUAUCCGUUGCUCCGAAUGAUCAGGUUUGGGCCAUCGGUCACGAAGAUCGAGGUUUAUAUUAUCGUACUGGUAUUACACGAUCGGAAUUGACGGGUAAGAAGUGGAGAAUAAUAAAUGCACCUCUUCAACUUAGUCGAGCAAGUAGUAACGCGAGUUUAUCAAGCAACAGACAUAGUAUGUGUGGUACUCCUCAACAACAAAGACAUCAAAGUUGGGGAUCGUUGAAUCGACCACACAGUACCAGUGAAGGUACUACGCUAAUUAGAGAAUGGGAAGAGCAAUCACGUUCUGCACCAACACCAACAUCCUUAAAAUUAUGGCAACGCGUAAAUGACGGUACUUCAGUAAAGAAUCCACAACAAACAUCGUUCCAGGACAUAUAUCUAAAUGAAGGGAAAAAAAAAUCUGCGAAUUCAUUAGAUAUGGCUGACUUAAGUGAAGCUAGUGUUGCAAAUAUAACUAUAUCCAAUGAAUCAUUGACUAAAACUGGUGAAUCUAUAGUAGUUUCUGGAAAGGGAAUGGGCAGUACUAUUAAGAUCAAUCCAGCUGCAUGGAGUCCUGUUCAUUCAGUUGGGUCGAUGGUAGGUGUAGAAGCUCACCCAGAAACGGAUGGAAGUAUAUUUGAUCCUGAUUUAACAAGUGAUUCUGGUGUUUAUGGAGAUGAUGAAAGUUCUGGUGCAAUGUAUUGGGCCGAGUGUGAUGCUUCUUGGUAUAAAGUGGAAGCAGGAGCAUGUUUUGUCGACCCAGCUAAUCCUCCAAAAUGGAUUGCAGAUACCAAUGGUGCAAGUCAUGGUGACACUGCAGAGCCAUGGAGAAUGUACAUUUUAGAAGAAUUGAAAAGAAGAUUAAACAAAGUUCAAUUUGAUCCAACAAUAUAUGAAAAAGUCGUUGAAAAAUCAUCAUGGAUAAAAAAUAGUGAUGCAAAAUGUAAAGUUAAGGGCAGUACUACGUAUGAAGAUUGUGUUAUUGAAUUAGAAUGGAUAAGUAGCGAUAGUGGAUUUUUAGAUUCUGGAACUCUAACUAUUUUGAAUUCGGAUGGGGCAACAACGAUUAUGCAGUUUCCUGUAUCCGAAAUUAUGUGUGUAGUAUGCUGUAGCGAACCAGGUAAUCCACGAAUUGCAAUUCACACUCCGCGAUUAUCUCGUUCUAAGGUUCUUAGAUUGCAGUUCUCUAGUGACACUGAAAUGGAAGACUGGGUAGCACAUUUAACUUCAGUUUCGUGUAAAAUCAACAAUGUUUAUGGAAAACCAGGACCAAACUCAAUUUGGGCUACUACUGCACUAGGAGAUGUAUAUGUGUAUGAUCCUGCUGCUGUUGAGGAAAAUCAGUUUAACAAUGGCGUUUACGUACAAGAAUUAGAUGUUGCUGGAAAAGAUUUACCUUUCGAAUGUAUAUUACAAAAUGGUUUUAAACAUGGUAGUUCCUUAGAAAUUACAGUUUGCAUUCACGACGAUGCUGACAGAUUAUCGUUUAAUCUUGUCUGCUACACAACAACGUUUGUAAAACAAAAAUCCGUAAUAGAAAGCCACGAUGUUGCGUUACAUUUUAAUCCAAGACUUAAAGAAAAUAUAAUUGUACGGAAUACAUAUCAGAAUGGGCAAUGGGGAGACGAGGAAAGAAACGGAGAAAGUCCAAUAAAAGCUGGUUCAGAUUUAACAUUAAAAAUCAUUUGUGAAGUACAAGGAUAUAGAAUUUUGAUUGACGACGCAGAAUUUACUUUUUAUAGUCAUAGAAUACCACCUGAAAGUAUUACUCAUUUUCGAAUGAAAGGAUUGAUGACAUUGUGCAGCGUGCUUUAUAAAUCUACAUCGGUAAUCAUUGAUCCAAUCACCAUGUUCUGGAGACAAAUUGGAGGACAUUUGAAAAAAGUUGAAACUUGUUCUGUUGGUGUAACAUGGGGCAUUGGGUAUGAUAGCACUGCGUGGGUGUACACUGGCGGUUGGGGAGGUUUAUGCCUUAAAGGAUUAGAUAGUAAUACGGGAAUAAAUGCUAUGGUAGACACUCAUAACUAUUACGUGUAUGAAAAUCAACGUUGGAAUCCAGUAACUGGAUAUACUUCUCAUGGUCUUCCAACCGAUCGUUACAUGUGGAGCGACGCAACUGGACGUCAUAAACGUACUCGAGAAAACACUAAACUAUUAUCAGUGCAUUGGCAUUGGGUAUCAGAUUGGAUAGUAGACUUCCAUACUCCUGGAGGUGUGGACAGAGAUGGUUGGCAAUACGCAACUGAUUUUCCUUCUCAGUUCCAUGGUAAAAAACAGUUUACUGAUUACGUUAGAAGAAGAAGGUGGUUCCGCAGGUGUCAGUUAACAACUAGUGGACCUUGGCAAGAAUUAGGAAACACAAAAUUGAUUGAUGUUUCAUUAUAUGCAACAGGCAAACCUAGUACGGAUGCUCCUAUAUACAUUUGGGCCGUAGCUUCUAAUGGUGAAGCUUUAUUUAGAAGAGGUGUUUCGGAAUCGUGUCCUAUGGGAAUUUCAUGGGAACAUAUACCCAGUGACCAAGCUUUAGUAGGUAUUUCGUGUGGACCAGGAGGUCAAGUUUGGGCCGUAGGGAAAAAUGGCUCUUCUUAUUGGAGGCUAGGCAUUACAUCCGAAAAACCUACUGGUUUGCAAUGGCAAAACGUUGAACCGCCCUCAGGAGCUCAUUUAAAACAAAUCUCUGUUGGAAAAGAUGUGGUGUGGGCAUUAGAUACAGCAGGUAGAUUAUCUGUACGUCGGGAAGUUCAACUAAAUGUUUUUCCGGAAGGAACGCACUGGCAAACUCUUCCAGCGAUGCCAAACGACCCUAUCCACAUAGAUAUGUCAGUUGUAAAUGCGAAACAAGGUUUUCGACACAUUGAUGUUGCAAGGGAAGAGGGUCAAGUAUGGGCAGUUUCAGGAGCUGGUAUACUUUGUCGUAGGAUUGGUGUUACUGAAACGAAUCCCGCAGGAACUGGUUGGGUAACUGGUAUAGGGGCGAAUUGGCAGUAUAUAAAUGUGGGCGGACUUGUAAAUAAAACUAAAUGAAUGAUUCCUUUUUAAAGAAUUGAGAAUUCUCGAAAUCGGAUACUUGAAGUAUUAUUACAUUGCUAGAGAGUGUAAUGCUCUAGCGACUUGUUUUCAUCAACAAUUUUGUCAUGAAUACCAAAAUGGAUAAGUACAUGUAAACAUACGUGUAUGUACACCAGUGAGCAUUGUAGGCUUUUAUACAGAAAACGGUGGAAUAGGGAAAAAGGCAUCGUUACUUCUUAAUUUUUUAAAAUUUGGGGAUUUUCAAACUUAGAAAUUUAGAAACUGAAGAAUUUCGGGUUUAGAUAUUUAGUCAUUUAGAAAUGUAAAUGCUUUUAAGUUUACAGUUAAAUUGGGAGAGAUGUCUAUCCCUACAUUUAUCCUUUUCUAAAGAAAGUUUGCAUUGCACUCAAGUGUACAUGUACAAGGCUUAGCUUUUGCAACUACUUAAAUCUUACAAUAUAAGCUUACCACAUAACGUAUUUAAUGAAUGAGAAAAAUAUUAUUUUAUCUGAAACAUACCAACAAUACUAAUUGACUAUGUAAUGAUUUAGAUUAUUCUUGGAACGUAUUAUUCUAAUUUAUUUCUACUAUUUUUGUUCGAUAAGUAAAGGGAAGCUUGUGUAAAAAAUGACAGUGAUAUUAAAAGCGUUUAAAAGAUA